AUGAGUGUUACUGACGAUGGAGAUUUGGUGGGGCCGGCGGCGGCGACGGCCUCUGAUUAUGAGGUGAAGCUGAUUGCGCCAAUCAACAUUGCACUGGUGAAGUACUGGGGGAAACGCGAUGAGGAACUCAUGCUUCCGCUGAAUGACUCCAUUUCGCUGUCAAUAAACGAUGUAUGCGCGGAGACCAGAAUACGGGUUGGCCCUUCGGUGAGCGUGGAUUCCGUAUCAAUUAAUGGCUCCACCAUCAAUCUGGCGAAACAUCCGCGGUUUUCACGCUGCUUCAAGGUUGAGUUAGAAGUGUUCAUUUUUCUAGGAAGUGAGAAGAUUGAUUCGGAAACGGUUAAUGGUAGCAGAUGA